AACAACCGCUUCCUCUGGCUACGUUUCUGGAGGGACGGGAAAAGAAACGUUGAAACUUAGAAAUAUAUAUUUAAUUUGGGGUUUAUUGAAAACGCAAAGUAUAAAGUGGUGUCUUGGAGCACAGACAUUCGGUUCUUGUUACUCUAUUCUGCUCGCUCCGUUGCAUAUUUUCAUAGUUAUCUUCUAUUUGCCGUAGUGAUAGCUGUGCAGUUAAGCCCGCCGUGUUAGCUAGCUAAUUGGCUAGCUAGCGACUAGCCUCUCCUUUACUCUGCCGUGUUGACUUCAGUUGUUCGAAAAAAAGGCUCAAUUUAACAAGACCUAAUGGCAGAAUCUGACAAGUUAAACAUCGAUUCAAUAAUUCAACGCCUCCUCGAAGUGAAGGGUUCUAGGCCUGGAAAGAACGUUCAGUUGACGGAGAAUGAGAUCCGCGGUCUGUGCCUCAAAUCCCGGGAGAUUUUCCUCAGUCAACCCAUCCUUUUGGAACUGGAGGCACCGCUAAAGAUUUGUGGUGAUGUCCACGGUCAGUACCACGACCUCCUGAGGUUAUUUGAGUAUGGUGGCUUCCCCCCAGAGAGCAACUACUUGUUCCUGGGCGACUAUGUGGACAGAGGCAAGCAGUCCCUAGAGACCAUCUGUCUGCUCUUGGCCUACAAAGUCAAGUACCCUGAGAAUUUCUUUCUUCUGCGAGGCAAUCAUGAGUGUGCCUCCAUCAACAGGAUAUAUGGUUUUUAUGAUGAAUGCAAGAGGCGGUAUAACAUCAAGCUGUGGAAGACGUUCACAGACUGCUUCAACUGCCUACCUGUCGCUGCCAUUGUUGACGAAAAGAUCUUCUGUUGUCAUGGAGGCUUGUCUCCGGACCUGCAGUCAAUGGAGCAGAUCCGGCGUGUGAUGCGUCCGACGGACGUGCCGGACCAGGGCCUGCUCUGCGACCUGCUGUGGGCCGACCCCGACAAGGACGUGACUGGCUGGGGAGAGAACGACCGCGGCGUCUCCUUCACCUUCGGAGCGGACGUCGUCGCCAAGUUCCUCCACAAGCACGACAUGGAUCUCAUCUGCCGUGCCCACCAGGUGGUGGAGGACGGCUAUGAGUUCUUUGCGAAGCGUCAGCUGGUCACACUGUUCUCUGCCCCCAACUACUGUGGCGAGUUUGACAACGCUGGAGCCAUGAUGAGCGUGGAUGAAACACUCAUGUGCUCCUUCCAGAUUCUUAAGCCAGCUGAUAAGAAGUUGUUCUCCUACAGUGGGGGAGGUGGCUUCGGCUCCGGCCGACCCGUCACCCCGCCCAGAAACUCCGCCAAGGCCGGCAAGGCCAAGAAAUGACUCGUUCCACACUCGUCCUCUGCUCUUCUACCUCUCCUCCUGUCCUUUUACUACUUCUCCUCCUGUUUUGUUUUUUUUCUCUCCCUCAAUCCUCCACUGCCCCCCCCCCUUUUCCUCCCCCCUGUUUUCUCUUCCUCUUUCUCUUGGACACCAAAAUCGCCCCCCGAUGUUGUAGCGUAGUCGGUUCCGGUACCGGCCCAGUGUUGGUCCAGGUCCGGGCCCGAUUGGGCUGCUCUCUGGGUCAGUGCAGUCUCCACGACUCCACCUUUUUAGUUCUUUGUUCCUUCCGCUGCGUUUUCUUAAUGACUUCAUAAUGUGUGUGUGUGUGUGUGUGUGUGUGGGCCUGUACAAUUGUUCACCGAUUUUGUGUGAGACAGAAAGAGAGAGAAAGUGUGUUGAAUCAGAAAAGCCCGGAUGCCUGUUGUAACAGACUCCGAGUCGAUUUGAAUGCCUGAUUUAAUGCGUGUCUUUUGAGUGAGUUUGUGUGGGCCUGAGUUAGUGUGUGUGUGUGUGUGUGUCGGUGUGAAUAAAAACGUAUUACCCCCCCAUCCUAUCUCCAUAAAGCUGUUCUUUUCACCCCACCUGCCCUCUGCCCACACAGUGGGGUCCAACUUAAAAUCUGUGUGCAGGAAAUACCACCACCCUGGGCACCCCAGUAGCCCUCCUCCUCCUCCACCUCUUCCUCCUCCUCCUCCUCCUGCUCCUCCUCCUGCACACCCCAAACUCGAAGGUUAGAAGCACAACAUUGCCGUCAGGCAGAGGGGGAUCCCCCUCACCCCCACCCAACCUCUCCUGGGGCACCCUGGGUAGGCUCGCCCAGCCUGAUUGCUGAUCAUGCCCUGCUCUGCUCUGGAACCAAUCCAAACCCUUGGCACAAAUACAUAGCAUAGGAGGCCGUCUCACUGCCAGCCACUGUUUUUAAUAUAAAGAACAGAUGGCAUGUUAUGUUACACUCUGUGUGUGUGUGUGUGUGUGUGUCUGGCACAUACUGCAGGGGCUUGGCAGGUUGAGGAAUCCAGUCAUGUGAAGGCCGAUGGGUUGGGGCGUGUGUGGUGGGGUUGUUUUUGUUGUUGUUUUUUCUCUAUUUGACGUCACUGAUAUGGGGAGAGGGUCUGUCCAGUCACUGCGUACUGGUCCGUCUCCAGUGUAUUGGAGUCUUAACAGGUAUCCGUACCCUUCAGACACUUUUCCCUUUGGGGCCGUAGUGAGAUGCAGAUUGCUCCGGAUUUACUUCACCACCCCAGAAACGGGAAAUGUGUUUUUUUUUUUUUUUUUUUUUUUUUCUCUUUUUUUGUCUCUUAUUUGCCCCUUUAUAUUGUGUGUGUGCUCUCAGAUCUGUUCAUAACUUUAAAAAAGCACAACCCAUAAUCUGCAGGAAAAGCCCGUCUGAAGAGGUGUGUGUGUGUGUGUGUGUGCAUGUGCACCUUUGUGCUUGGUGUUCAGACCGAAUGCCAAAACUGUUACACAGUGCACCUGCCCCCUCUAGUGCAGUGUGUGUGUGUGUGUGUCUUUGUUUGUGUUUGUGUAUUGGAGAGAGAGAAAGGUGCACUGGCUCCAGGCACAGGCAAGUGGGCCAGCUAGUAGGGCACAGAAGAAACUUUUAUCAGAAAAUGAUUUCUAAACGAGUCCAGAGGUAGAGACCACACAUAAUACACAUAAUUUAGGAUUUUCAUGAAAUGGUAGAUUUGUACAGCUUUAAUUACUUGAAGGAGAACUUUCUUUUUUUUGUAGUAUUCAUGAAAUCAACCAAUAAAUUCAGAAUCUGAUACAAAAAGCA